AAAAUUAAAAGUGUCUCUCUCUUUUUAAGUUGGUGUGUAUCAUCAGUACAAUAUUACCAUAUUUUUGCAGAUCUGAGAAAUUAUAGAUUUUUACACCGUCCAUUGUCAAGGUUUUGACACACUCCGUCAAAGAACUGGUAUUUGAAUUGAUUUGUUUUCUUUUUGGUAUGUUAACUUAAUUCAAAAUGGCAUAAUUAUCUUGUUGAGAAAAAAAUGUAGCUCAUUUAUGUUUGAAUUGAUACCUCGAGCAAGCUUAAAAAACCUAUAAAAUUUAUAUUAUUUCUUCAUUUUUUUAUAAAAGCUUUCUAAAUAACAAAAAUUUACAGCAAAAACAUGAAAUUACUUGUUUAUAUUGAAUAUUUAUCCGCCACUUUUAUCAACUUGAUGCUGAUUUUACACUCUAAAUCAUCAGAUGUUCAAGGAGCAUUAGAAGGAGAUUUCUGGUUUAGUGGUGAGGCAAAAUGGAACAAAUCAAGAGUUCCAAUAAAAUCUGCGCCCAGUGCAAUCAAAGGCGUAGCAGACUCCAAGAUCAUAUCUCUGUUGGUAACUCCUUUAUUCGACCGAGCAACAUUUUAUGUGGAUGGAAAAAGAAAAGAUGCAGCGCCUUUCACGGAUGAGCCCCCUUGCUUUUUUCAAGGACACGAAAUCGGCAAUCCUUCCCAUUCCUUCCUAUCAUUAUCCACUUGCAACAAGAACUCAACAUGGGGUCAUUUGAAACUGAACGAGACAGAGUAUUUCCUGGAACCCAACUCGGCACAUCCGACCGCACAACCGGAAAACUGGAAAAAGUUGGUCUUCACGCGGCCGAAAUCUACCUCAAUAAAGGGCAUCAGUCGAACUAGAAGGCAGGCCAGUUCGUGGCUGGAUGUACCGAGCGUCAAACCCCUCAAAGUUGUUGUGGAUCCGUACAUUGCAAAAUACAACCAGCAACAAGAUUAUUUCCGACUUCUCAGUCAGGUCACGGAGACGUUUUUGUUCAACAGGAAAACCAUUUCACUGUCUGUCUACGUCGAUAAAGACUUGGCGAGUGACUUCAGAACUGAAAGUGACCUGAAAAAGUACCUGUUUGCCCUCAUCAAUAUAGUGGACGGGAUCUUCUUCAAAGACCUCUACCGCACUCACGUGGUGUUGAAUGAGGUGAAAGUGUGGUCGGCAGUGAACUUGGUUGAUCUGAGUGCAGAUGUGGAGAAGAACCUGAGGAACUUCCUGAUGCACCUGGAGACACUACCCCAAAUGCCCCCCUCCACUGUCACUCUGCUGCUCACGGGCAAGAAAUUAGUGGUUCCAUUUGAGAGCGCGUCUAACUACAGAUCCAUAUGCGACCCCAAAAAAUCAGCCGGCGUCAUACGGAUCUUUCCGGACAAAAUGACAGACCAGUCGGAAACUCCGAACACGGUGGCUCUCGUGUUGGGAAACAUUCUCGGCCUCACACACGACGGAUCAACUGCCUGCAAUUGUUCAGAAGGCUGCAUCAUGAGCAAAUUUUCACCGUACGUGCUGUCCAAGUUUUCCCGGUGCAGUAAGAACGAGUACCUCCAGCUGGUCACUUCUGGCAGGGGAUUUUGUCUGUUCGACUCAAUUUCAAAGAGUAUGGAUGGUGGUGUCAAUCACAAUCAUCAGCAGAGACUGGGUCUGUGUGGAAAUGGGCUGAUGGACCCUGGAGAAGAAUGCGACUGUGGCACACAGCUGGAGUGUGCACUCACAGGACACUCUAGCUGCUGUUCACAGUGCAUGCUCACGGCCAGUGCACAGUGUGGAAGUGGGGAGUGCUGCAACUCACAAUGCAGGUUGCGUAGCAAUGGGAGUGUGUGCCGUGAACAGAUGGGUCAGUGCGACGUGGAGGAGAGGUGUGACGGACACUCCCCCCUCUGUCCCCCCAACACCUACAAGAUAGACGCCAGUCCAUGCAACCACCAACAGGACUUCUGUCUGAAGGGAGAGUGUUUGACAAAAGACCAGCAGUGCCAGCUGCUGUAUGGCAUCCAGAGCAAGAGUGGGGUGGACUUGUGCUACCACAACCUCAACUCGGCCGGAAGUGGCUACGGCAACUGUGGGGACCUAGGAGGGGGCAAUUACAGGCCAUGCUACAGACAAAACGUCUACUGUGGGAUGCUGCAGUGCAAUGGGUCUCUCUCCACUUCAGUGAGGAUUGAGAAAGUGAGACGAUUCAGAUUCAACCCCUUUAACACCAACUCCCACUCAUCUCAACAGGGAAUCAACGACAAGUGCUCAAGUGCGAGUGUGGUGCUGGACGAUGGGACAGAUGUGGGCUAUGUGGCCCCUGGCACCAAGUGUGGCACCAACAGGGUCUGCAGCAGAGACAGCCAGUGUCUGGACUUACGUGCAUCAGACAUGGACUACUUUGUAUGUCCAGGCCACGACAGGAUCACUGGCCACUUCUGUUCACAUCAUGGGUUCUGCAGCAAUCAGAGACUGUGUGUUUGUGACUAUGGCUGGAAGGGAUCAGACUGUUCCAUUCCAGACGAAAGGUUCAUCAGAGAUCACCAGAUCCCCAAAGAUGACCCCUCGACUCCAGCCGACAAACUGAUGCUGGGGGGCACAGACGGCGAAUGGACCGACUGGCAAACAUACCACGUGGACAGAGACACUCAGAAACACGACCUCAGAAACACUAAAGGCGACGAGGACCCUGGAAACUUCAACGGUGGGGUGAAAGUCGAAAUAGCCGAGUUUGGAACACCUGUCAGUCGUCCCUCGAUAGCCCCUGGAUUUAAAUCAGCUUUGCAAUCACUAUUAACUACAAUACUCAUAACCAACUUUUUAUUUUGAAUUCAGAACGAAAUUCUGACUUUUUUUAUGCAGUCUUCAUUUUAUUCCGUUUGUUUUUUUUUCAUUUCCGCAAAUAGUGUUUUUAGUUAUUUUUGAGUAAUUUUGCAAUAAAAAAAUUCCGACUUCUGUUAAUCUCAAAUCAUGCCUUUACGACU